CAAUAACAUCUCCCUAAGCUCACAGUCUGAGUGAGCGUCUGUCAUUUUCACCCUUUCCAUCAUGAAGACAUUUGUAAUCUGGAUUGUUUUAAUGGGCCAACUUCCCAAGAUGGGAUACUGCACUGAAACACACGACCAAAUUCUGUCAAUGACACCAACAACACCAGAACAAGUGGGCAUUGUGAAGAAUAUCUCCAGUCUAUAUGAGACGGCAUUGUGGCAGCCGGUCCAUCCUCAGUAUAUCAAAGAAGAAACUCAAGUUCACCUCUUUGUACCUGCAAACAGCUCAGCCGCGGUCAAGGACUUGCUGCAGCGAUAUGAUAUAACACAUGAAGUGUUACUGGACAACACCAAUGACCUGAUUGAAAUGCAGACGAGGAACGAUUCGGCGGACCCAAGAAGCAGCACAAGUUUCUAUGAACAAUAUCAUAGCCUGGAGGAUAUCUAUUAUUGGAUCAACAGGACUGCUCAGGACAACCCAAACACCAUCGAAACCAUUCUUCUGGGUUCUUCAUUUGAGAAGCGACCGCUCUAUGCUCUGAAGGUGUCACUUAACAGAGAGAAUAAGAAAGCCCUGUGGAUUGACUGUGGGAUCCACGCCAGAGAAUGGAUCUCUCCUGCUUUCUGCUUGUGGUUUGUACAAUAUUCCUUAGUGUUUUACAAGCAAAACCGAGACAUAACUGACAUUUUAGACAACAUGGACGUUUACGUCCUACCCGUGAUGAAUCCUGACGGGUACCAAUACACAUGGACUACGGACCGGAUGUGGAGGAAGAGCCGGUCAGUCACCACAAGCAGCUACUGUGCUGGUGUUGAUCUAAACAGGAACUUUGACGCCAACUGGUGCACGGAGGGAGCCUCCAAAGAUCCCUGCAGUGAGAUCUACUGUGGCGCCUUCCCUGAAUCAGAACCCGAAUCGGAAGCCGUAGCCAACUUCCUACGCAGUAAGAAGGAAACCAUCCAGCUUUACCUCAGCAUCCAUGCCUACUCUCAGAUGCUGCUCUUCCCAUACUCCUGCACCUUGGAUGAGGCACAGAACCACAAUGAGCUGCUUCAGAUGGUCCAAGAAGCUUCACGAAAUAUCAGACGAUAUUACAGAAACACCUACAAAUAUGGUGCAGGAGCACAGACCAUAUACCUGGCUCCGGGUGGCUCUGAUGACUGGGCGUACAAUCUUGGCAUAAAAUACUCAUUCACAUUUGAGCUCCAGGACCGUGGACGUUAUGGUUUUCUCCUACCACCGUCUCACAUUUCCCAGGCGUGCAAUGAAGGCCUCCUUGCCCUGAAGACCAUUGCUCAAAGGGUCAUAGAAAAAGCACAAGCUUGAAGAAAUCCUUCUUCAAGGGUUUGAGUAACAGUCCCAAGAGGAUUUGGUUCAAACCUGGAAAUGACUGUUGCUGAAUGUCAUCAAGGCCGACCAUAAAUUCAAACGCAAUAAAAGAAAACAAUCAUUUUUACUGUAAACACAA